AAGUAGUUAUAAAAUCACUUCAAAGCUCUAGAUCUGCUCUACAGACAAACUUGAGAAAUCUUUGAGAAAAUCUGAAAUCUAUUCCAGCAUUUUCUUAUAGCGAUUAGUUUGAGAAUGGAGGCGAAGCUGAUAGAGAGGCUGGAAGCCGCGGUGGCUCGGCUGGAGUCUCUAUCGGCCGGUGGAAUCUCGGCGAGGGGAUUACCGGACGGUGUUGAUGAGGUGUCUUCGGAUCCUUCGAUUUUGGCGUUUGACGAUCUGAUGGCUCAAUAUGCGGCUAGGGUUUCGGCUGCUGCCGAGAAGAUUGGAGGUCAAGUGCUGGAUGUGACUAAGCUAGUUCUCGAGGCAUUCUCUGUUCAAAAGAAACUUCUUAUCGAGAUCAAGCAGACUCAGAAACCUGAUAUGGCAGGUUUGGUCGAAUUUCUCAAACCACUGAAUGAAGUGAUCUUGAAGGUUAAUGCUAUGACGGAAGGGAGGCGAUCUGAUUUCUUCAACCACUUGAAGAGUGCUGGGGACAGUCUUUCAGCUUUAGCAUGGAUUGCUUACACAGGCAAAGAUUGUGGUAUGAGCAUGCCUAUCGCACAUGUGGAAGAAAGUUGGCAAAUGGCUGAAUUUUAUAACAACAAGGUUCUUGUAGAGUACAGAAACAAAGAUCAGAUCCAUGUUGAAUGGGCCAAAGCUUUGAAGGAACUGUAUUUACCAGGUCUGAGGGAUUAUGUCAAAAGCCAUUAUCCUCUUGGCCCGGUAUGGAGUGCUUCUGGUAAAAAGGCAUCUAGUGCUUCGUCGAAAGCUCCUCCACCAGGGGCCCCUGCACCUCCUCCCCCUCCACCUGCUUCUCUUUUCAGCUCAGAACCUUCUCAGCCUUCUUCAUCAAAUCCAAAACAAGGGAUGUCAGCUGUUUUCCAAGAAAUUAGUAGUGGGAAUGUUUCUGUAGGCCUGAAGAAGGUUACUGCUGAUAUGAAGACGAAGAACCGUACAGAUAGAACAGGUGUUGUUAGUGCCAGUGGAAAGGAAACACAUUCAAGCUCCCCUUCUUUCUCAAAAGCUGGACCACCCAAACUAGAGCUGCAAAUGGGUCGCAAGUGGGCUGUUGAGAACCAAAUUGGAAGAAAGAACUUAGUUAUUGAUGACUGUGAUGCCAAACAGUCUGUGUAUAUUUAUGGAUGCAAAGAUUCUGUUUUGCAGAUUCAGGGGAAAGUCAACAAUAUAACCAUUGACAAAUGCACUAAGAUGGGAGUGGUAUUUAAGGAUGUUGUGGCUGCUUGUGAGGUAGUAAACUGCAACGGUGUUGAGGUGCAAUGUCAGGGUUCUGCUCCAACAAUUUCAGUGGACAACACAUCUGGCUGUCAGUUGUACUUAAGCAAAGACUCUUUAGGGACAUCUAUAACAACAGCAAAGUCAAGUGAGAUAAAUGUGUUAGUGCCUACUGGACCUGAUGGUGACUGGGGGGAGCAUUCAUUGCCGCAACAGUAUAUCCAUGUAUUUAAGGAUGGUCAAUUUGAAACUACCCCAGUGUCGCACUCAGGAGCAUAAGUGAGAUCUAUUUGAAUUGAAAACUCAGCUUUCCUUUGGGGGGAAAAAGAAUUAUAUUCUUUCAUUUUCUUGGAUACAUACCUAUGGGUGAAUUUUACUUCUUCCGUACGGCUGUUUAUUUAUUUUAACACACAUAUCAUUUGGUCAUCAUCUGUAUUAUUUCACAACUACAGUUUGAAUCUCUUCCAUAACCUGUUUUUUGGUUGGUGUGUUUUGUUUUUUGGCGAUGAUGAGUUGGGAAUUUUUGCAAAUAUUACUGUUAAGUUUCUAAUGUUCUACUUUCCUUUGGAUUUUUAUUAAGUAAAUUAAUGUGUGUUUAUGUUA